CUGGACCAGUUGUGGCUUGUGACGGCGCUCUCCUGCUCUCCGAGCGACCGGUCAUGGCGGGGAGUGGGAAGAGGAGGCGCGCGACGGUGCUCGACGACGACGAGCGGCGGGGCCGGCGGAGGCUGGAGGAGGCGGCCCUGCUCCUCCACAAGAUCAAAGGGCUGGUGGGCUGGGUGGUCGCGGAGAUCAGCGCCGGCCGAUCCCCUUCCCUGGCGCUCCACCGCUACCAGAACUACUGCGCCUGCGCCUCCGCCGCCGCCGCGGCGUCCCCGUCCACAUGCGCCUGCAGCUACGACGCCCCCGUCGGCACGGACGUCCUCUCCCUCCUCCGCAAGGAAUUCCACGCCUCCCGCCUCAAUGUGCUUCUCAGGGUCCUGCUCGUGGUGCAGCAGCUCCUGCAGGAGAAUAAGCACUGCUCCAAGAGGGACAUCUACUACAUGUACCCCUCCAUGUUCGUAGAACAAGCGAUUGUUGAUCGUGCGAUCAACGAUAUCUGCAUACUCUUCAAGUGCAGCCGGCAUAAUCUCAACGUGGUUCCUGUGGCAAAAGGUUUGGUGAUGGGCUGGAUAAGAUUUGUGGAGGGUGAAAAGAAAGUGUACUGCAUAACAAACGUCAAUACUGCUUUCCCCAUUCCAGUUAGCAUUGAAGCAAUCAAAGAUGUUGUUAGUGUUGCUCACUACAUCCUUGUUGUUGAGAAGGAGGCAGGUGUGAGGAUGAAAGGCCCCCUGUCUGCAUAUGAUUUUUCUAUUCUUUGCAGUCUUCCUACAGUUUUCUUCUGUAUGCCAUUUGCAGUAUUCCAGCGUUUGGCCAAUGACAAGUUCUGCGAAAAGAAUCGCUGCAUUGUUAUUACAGGAAGAGGCUACCCAGAUAUUCCAACAAGAAGAUUCUUGCGCUACCUUGUCGAACAGCUGCACUUGCCUGCUUAUUGCUUAGUGGAUUCAGAUCCGUAUGGUUUUGAUAUUCUGGCCACCUAUAAAUUUGGUUCCAUGCAAUUGGCAUAUGAUGCAAAUAUUCUGCGUGUGCCUGAGAUACGAUGGCUUGGGGUCUUCACAUCUGACUUUGAGGAGUAUUGUCUUCCAGACUGCUGUCAACUUCAAUUGUCAUCUGAAGAUAGGAGGAAGCUUGAAGGAAUUCUCACCAGAUGUUACUUGCACAAGGAAGCCCCAGAAUGGAGGUUGAAGUUGGAAGCCAUGCUGGAAAUGGGUGUCAAGUUUGAGAUUGAAGCAUUGUCAGCAAGUUCCAUUUCGUUUCUGUCGCAGGAGUACAUCCCCCAACAGAUCAGACUAGGGAGGUACAUAUAGGAUUGCAUAGACCUGUAUCUAUGCAGAAUUGUGCUAGGCUAAGUGUCUCCUUUUGUUUUGGUCACACCACUUGUAGUUGCUUGUCUGAUCAAACAAUCACCUUGGUAUUCACAACAAGAAUUUGACUGCAAUUGGUGUAUACCGUCAGUUACUGCAUUGCUACUCAUAA